GCGCACUUUACGAAAAGAAUGCCAGGUUAUUCUUCAUACUACACCGUAAGACCAUGUCAAAACAAGUACUUACAGCGAUAUUUUGACAAAGAAAGGGACGAAGUUAAUAAAAAAGCUUUGGCAAACCUCAAACCUUCCGUGGACACAAGCGCACCCAAGUCACUCCAGUUGUCACACUUGAAUUCCAAAAAUUGUCGCUUCAAACAAGAAACUCGGCGGCAUAACGAACUGGAAAAUGCACGUCUAGCCCUUCGAAUUAAACAAAUUUCCCAGUCAUCCGGUCAAAUACCCAACCAACCUCACCACAAACCAAAGAGUUUACAAGAAACAUACUGGCGAAAGGAGGGUGAACGAAUUAAACGAGACAACCAUGAUCUAGCUCAAAGGUUGAAUGCUUUACAUUGCGCAAGUUAUCUGAACCAGUGGAAGUUCGAUUGGGCCAGGAACCUUGUUUAUAUGGACAAUCUUUCACAUUUCCCCUGGAAUUGGUGGAGCAAGCGUUAUUGUGCUUAAUGGUCUUUGACUUUGGAGCAAAUGAUCAAAGUUCUUUUGCUUUGGAAACAUCUGACCCGUCAUGUUGCACGGUGCCAAGGAAUAAGAAAACCUCCGCGAAUGCCAAGGAAUGCAUGAAUGAACCUACAAGUUGAGAAUUUGUCUGUCGUUGAUGACACAGUUUCUCGCGCUGGAUGGCA